AUGUCCUUCUUUCAUCCGAGUCCCCCCUUAGCCGAGGCUUAUCUCACAACAUCCACAUUCUCGCAAAGCGAGGAUGUCAAGCUUAAUGACAUUUCUUCCACGAGCACGGACAAGAAGCGGUCGUAUACCAUCACCAUCGACGACUCGCCGACCAAGCCGACGUUUGGUAAUCGCACACCCGAGACUGCAAGGGAACGGCAUCAGCGCAAGCUCACAGCCGCGCGUGAGGCAAAUAAUUGGACGCGAAGAUACAUUGGCACUUUUAUCGUCCAGGGUUGGAGUACAGUUAAAGGCAGGGACUACAUCAGGGAGGGAGAUUGCGUGCAGAUUGUUCGAGUGAAUCCCAACAAAAAGCCGCAAGGGAGCAACGGUACCGCCACCUCGUCAGAUAAGAAGCAGACUAAACUCAAUUUUGGCCCGAAAAAGAAGCCGCAAAAGGAGAAAGACAAUUUCCUAAUCCGCUUCACCAAUAAAAAGGGCUUCGAGGUGGGAAGAAUCCACCAAGAGUAUGCAAGAUCGCUUUCUCGCCUGAUAGACCAAGAGAUCGCCACGUUCGAAGCAUCUGUCGUCAUCUGUCCUGAAGUGUUGACGACCGGAGUGGACAUGGUCCUGCAAGUCAAGGCCUAUCUGCGCGCGGAUCUCUUCACCUACGAUUCUGCGCUCAAGGCAAGGGGUAUCGACCCGGAUGGCGAUGAGCCAGUGUUCGCCGGCUGGAGCGAAGGUAAGGAGACGCCCAUGGAGAAACGGCUGCGCGAGCGCAAAGUCUCGCUGCUUAGGCUGUUCAACAGGUGUGACCUCAAGCCAGUGCGUUCGAGCAACGUGCUGGAGAAACAAUACAAGUCCAAAGGCGACUUGCUUGGCAGCGAGAACGCGAUCAAACUCGAUGGUGGUAGCGUCGAAGCAAAGGUCGCGCCCAGGAAGAAGAGCAUCUCGCCUCCCAACUCUGUCACGCAAAAUGCGGCCAAUCUUCGCGCCGGGGAGCAACAAACGCAGAGCAGCAGCCAGACCGUUGACUUGACAGAGGAUGACGACGUCAGCAGCUCCACAAUGAUGUGUGCAAAAGAGGAGACGGCUGAGGGUGACGCCCCGGCGGAUGGCACCGAGAUCGAAGAAGGCGAGCUGGAUCGUGUCUACAAGAAAGCGCAGGCGUUCGACCGUGAUCUGCUUGAAGUCGACCCUCCCGACACGUUCGCGCUCAGCCUACGGCCAUAUCAAAAACAAGCGCUCGGCUGGAUGCAGAGCAUGGAACGUAAAGACGAAGGAGAAGGAGACGACGCGCGUGAGCUCUCUCUUCAUCCUCUAUGGGAAGAGUACGUUUUUCCAGUAGACGAUACGGAUCCGAUCGCCACAUCGGCUCUGCUCGAGUCUACCCAGCGCAGCUUCUACUUCAACCCUUACACUGGCGAUCUCAGUUUCGAGUUCCAGCGCGCUAGCAAGGGCGCCCGUGGUGGCAUUCUCGCUGACGAGAUGGGUCUCGGCAAGACGAUCAUGGUCGCCAGUCUGAUUCAUGCCAACCGCCCUUCGGCAGAUGAAGCCGAUAGCUGCGCAGACGAGCAGGACGAAGAAGAGGACGUGAAGCGUGACUCCAAGAAGGCUAAGCUGGAGCAUGACGCUGGCGACGCGCACGUUGCGAACGGCAAAGUGGCAUCGGAGGCCGUGCGCCGACGCAUCACUAAAAGCUCUGGUAUUCAGCGCGGCAGAGCGACGCUGGUUGUUGCGCCCAUGACGCUUAUUGGGCAAUGGAGUGACGAGCUGCAGCGCGCGAGCAAGGCGGGCACGCUCAACGUCAUGCUGUACUAUGCCGACUCCAAGGGCAACCUCGUGCAUCAACUGCAGUCUGGCGAUGUCGACGUCGUCAUCACCUCGUACGGCACGCUUGCUCGGGAGUAUGCAAAAUUCAAAGAUCUCGUCGCCAAGGGCGUAAAGGAGGACACCAUUGCGUAUUCUGCGACGCUCUUCGUGGUGGACUGGCAGCGCAUCAUUCUCGACGAAGCGCAUAACAUCAAGAAUCGCGCCUCGCAGAAUGCCCGCGCGUGCUGCGACCUCAUCGGGGAGCGCCGUUGGUGCAUUACCGGCACGCCGAUCGUCAAUCGCCUUAGCGACCUGUAUAGCUUGCUUGCCUUCCUCAAAGUCGAGCCGUGGGGCGACUACAGCUUCUUCAAUUCGUUCAUUUCGAAACCAUUUGCGGACAAGAAUCCCAAGGCACUUGACGUCGUCGCAGUCGUGCUCGAGUCGGUGUUGUUGCGAAGGGAGAAGCGGAUGAAGGACAAGAACGGCCGGCCAAUCGUCGAGUUGUCGCAGAAGACCUUUGACAUCCAGUACCUCGACUUUUCGGAAAAGGAGCGUGAGAUCUACAACAAUGUCUACCACCGCGCACGCGUCCAGUACGAUCGCCUCAGUGCUGCAGGUCAGCUCGGCCGCAAUUUCAGUCUGAUUUUUUCAGUGUUGAUGCGUCUUCGACAGGCCGUCUGCCACCCUCUUCUGGUGCUCGGCAAGGACAAAGGACCGACAGGCGAUGCUCACGAUGACGAGGUGCCGGCUGACGAAGUCAACAGUCAGUUGCGUAAGCUCGUCGCAGGUUUCCAAUCCGGCAGCACGAGCUCGUCGGAGGAGGGUGAAAAAUACGCCGCCAAAGUCCUGCAGGACCUGGUCAGCGACAAAUGUGACGCAGAUGAUGACGGUACAUGCCCGCUCUGCUUUGAAGAGAUGACGAUCCGCUGCCUCCUACCCAAGUGCAUGCACAGCGCUUGCAAGGACUGCGUCAUGGGCUUCCUCCAAUCGUGUGAGGAUAAGGGGAAGGAACCGACCUGCCCAACCUGCCGCCAAGGACCUGUCUCUGCUGAGGAUCUGAUCGAGGUCAUCCGCACUCGUCCGCGUCGCAACAAGAUCGCCGAGGCUGUUCAAGCGGCCGACGAAGUCGAGGACGAGGGCAGUGAAGUAGACGGGAAGCCGCCAGGAACGCAAGAGUCUGCGCACUCGCAACCCGCUGUCUUUCUACGUCGCAACAACUUCCGCAGCAGCACCAAGCUUGAAGCGCUCGUCAGUCAGCUGAAUGAACUGCGCAUGGGUGAUUCCAAGUUGAAGGCGGUCGUCUUUUCGCAGUUUACCAGCUUCUUGGACCUGGUGGAGGUUGUACUGAAGCGCAACAAGUUCGCCUUUGUGCGUUUGGAUGGGUCAAGCACCCAGCGUGAGAGGGAAGAUGUCCUUCGGGAAUUCCGCGACGCUCCGCGACAGAUGAUCAUGCUCAUCUCGUUGCGUGCCGGUGGUGUUGGCCUGAACCUAACUUCGGCCAAUCACGUUUUCCUGCUCGACUGUUGGUGGAACUCAUCAAUAGAAGACCAGGCCGUCGAUCGUAUCCACCGCAUCGGGCAGACGCGACCUGUCACCGUGCAUCGCUACCUGAUCAACAACUCUAUAGAGGAGCGCAUCAUGGCUAUUCAACGCCGCAAGACGGCGCUUAUCAACAACGCUCUCAGUGGCAGCGGUAAGAGCGAUACUCUCGAGAACCUCGAGCUUCUUUUUGGCGAUUAA